UCUUCCCCACGUGAAAGCAGAGAAGGAAACAGUCCUGGAAGUUCUCACAAGGCAACUGUCAACCUCCCUUCCAAGACGUUUGCCUCCUUCCCUCUGGAGGGCUGCAGACACCGGUUAGGCAGCAUUUACCCUGGGGGUCACCGGUUCCCAGAAGUCAGCAUGGCCGACCUUUCCGUUCAAGCGCGUAGAAAGGAUGGCACCGCGUCCAAGGCAUCAGGUGUUACCAUCUACUCAGCACGGUCCAGCGUGAGUCACACUCCAGCCAUGGAGGGAGACCUAGUGGAGGUGGAGCCUCAAGAGGCGCAGGUCCAGUCUUCUCAGGACAACGGGGCCUUGGAGAAAGUGGACACGAAAAGCUCUUCAUAUGGGAUGACGGUUGCAAACAGUCUAAUCAGGUUCUCCAAUUUAAGAAAAAAAGGGGCCUCUACCAGGAAACCAAAAAAACGACAAGAAAAUUUGGAUCCGCCUUGCGGAUUGGGCUCUAUAAUUAUUCCCAGCUGGCAGCGCUUUAAUAAUGUCCACUGCUUCCUAGUUUUCUACUGCCUCUUGGUCAUCUCUCAAGGUAUUGUGUUUAGUUUUAUAGAUCUGAGCACUGACCUUUUUUAUCAGGCAAAUCAUGUGAGCAACUAUAAGCAUUUUUUGUUGACAGAGACUUACGAUGUAUCAUCUUGCCUGUCAGUGCUUCUCCUAUUAUUCUAUGGCAAGAGAAGAAAUGUACCAAGAUUGCUUGCACUUGCCUCCUUUUUAGUAGGAUUUGGAUCACUUUUAUUUGCCUUCCCAUACUUCAGUGGAGAAAUUUAUCAAAAGGAUGUAAAAUAUGCCGAUAUGUGCCUAGAAAGAAAGAUUCCUUAUGUUUGCAAGAGAAACACAAUGUCAUCUCAAUCAAAAUAUGUGACUUACUUCAUCCUUGGGCAGAUUCUGCAGGGAAUAGCAGCAAUACCCAUUUAUAUCUCUGGAAUAAUUUUUCUUGAUGGAAGUGUCACAACACACUCAUCUGGUAUUUACUUAGGCUGUGUGGAAAGUUCAGUACCGGUUGGCUAUGCUUUGGGUUACACAAUAGGCGCACCCCUAACUAAUACCUUAGAGAAUGACACUGUUGUGAAGAGUGGAAACAACAGUAGUACUCAACACUGGCAUCAGUCUUGGUGGCUUAACUAUAUGAUUGUCUCAGUUACUUCAUGGUCUACAUUAAUACCAUUGUUGUGCUUUCCACCCAGUAUACGAGGUACAGCAAAGAUAAAAGCUGCCAAACUGAAAGAGCCUCAGCUUGACAUACUUAAAGAUCAGGAACUUGGAACUAGUUUCAAGGAUCUAUUUGCUGCUGUUUGGGUGAAGUAAAAUAUUUUACAUAAACAAGUAAAUGUAGUUAACAUGCACACUAAUAGUUGAUUUAAGAAAAUAGUGAUCAUGUGUUCAAUUUAAAUCUUAAUGAAACUUUGAUGCCUUAAUUGACCUAUUUAUUUUACAAAUACAAAAUAGGACCCAUUUUACCUAAGUGAUAUUGCCAAGAACUUGGUUAGUGUCAGAUAUUUGUGCCAAUUAUUUUCCUUCUACUUUUUAUAAUUCCACUUUUAUAUUAUUUUGUAUUUACUUUUUCCCUGAAGAAAUAAUAAGACAUUUAAUUAGAUGAUUAACUAAGUACAUGAGAUCUUAUUUAUUUUGCUUAACUGACUUCAAAGAGAUUUCUAGAAUUUAAAUAUGCUCAUAAACAUCAUAUUUUAUGGAAAAGAAUCAAUAUCAAAUGGAGAAGAGUUUUUUUUUUCUGGGUGGGAAAUAAUGCCUACAACAUAGGUAUUAGUGGAACUAAAAAAUGCAACUUGUAUAUAUGAUUCUAUUUUCAAUUUGUUUUAUCUUCUAUUCAUGAUCUCAUCUUUAUGUUGCCUGCAAAAUGUAUUUUUCACAUAGAUAUUUUUAUGAAGUAAUUUUCCAUAUUACUUGCUAGAGUAUUUUGUACUCUUUUAGUGGAAAUUUGAAGACACUUCACAGUAGCAACAGCUGAAUUUUUCUACUUCAUGUUAGAAUUUUAUACCUAUUUUUUCCAUAUUCUUGCCAUUUGCUCUUUCCUGGAGAGAUUAGUUACAUAUAGUCUUUGUAGAUGCUAAUCUCAUUACUUCAAAUAUUCUUCACUUCUUUUCCAUUAGAAAAAGAAAACCUCCUUCUGAAGUCUUACCUUACAUUUCUAGGCAAAAUGAAUUUCUCUGUCCUUAAUACUUU